AUGCACAAAGAGAAGUCACCUCCAGAAAAAUCCUUGGAUGAUUCGACAUAUUCGGAAAAGAGUCACGAGAAGGAGUCGCCGGAUCUUACAGCAAAGCGAGCCUCAAUCUUCCAAGUGUGGCGAUAUGCGGGUCCACUCGAUAUGGUAAUGGUGAUUCUCGGAAGUUUUCUGGCCAUCAUCACUGGUCUCGGAUUCCCGUUCCUCUCAAUUGUCAUUGGAAAUGUUUCCGAGACUUUUAUCAAUUUGGAAAACGCGAGAUUGGUACGAGAUACUGGACUGGACAAUGAUACAGCGCUAUGGAAUGAAGCACGGCAAACUUUUCAGGAUAAUGUCAUUAAUUCUUGCAUCAAAUACGCGGUAAUCGGGGCAAUCAUCGCUACAUCGUCUUUCGUUGAGGUCACUUGCUUCUUGGUUAGCUGCGAGAAUAUCACAAACCGAAUGAAGAGAGCUUUUUUCAAGGCAAUUAUGCGACAAGACAUCGCUUGGUACGAUAAAAAUCACUCCGGAACUCUAGCCACAAAGCUUUUCGAUUCAAUGGAACGCGUUAAAGAGGGUUUGGGAGACAAAUUGGGUUUGAUGAUUCAAUUCACAGCUCAGUUCUUCGGCGGUCUGGGUGUGGCGAUGUAUUAUGACUGGAAGUUGACACUGAUCAUGAUGGCUCUCUCACCAGUGAUCAUUUUCUGUGGAGCGUUUAUGGCUAGGAUGAUGGCUUCAGCAACAGCUGAGGAGACAAAAAAAUACGCUAUAGCCGGACAAAUAGCCGAAGAGGUACUCACCUCGAUCCGCACCGUUUUCGCGUUCAACGGUCAAGAGCAAGAGGCUAAACGUUAUGAUGCAGCUUUGGAAGCGGGCAAAUUGGAUGGGUACAAGAAAUCGAUCUACAUCGGGGCCGGUCUCUCGUCGACUUUUGUUGUCAUUUUCUGCUCGUAUUGUUUGGCGUUCUGGGUGGGAACAGACUACAUCUAUUGGAAAAUGGCCACCUCGUCGAAAGUGCUCACGGUGUUCUUCUCGGUGAUGAUGGGCUCGAUGGCGAUGGCUCAAGCCGGACAACAAUUCGCCGUUUUCGGUGUGGCUCUCGGAGCAGCCGGUGUUGUGCUUCAAAUCGUUGAUCGGGAACCAGAAAUCGAUUCCUAUUCAAAAGAAGGCAAGAAAUUGGACCAUAUCAAGGGAGAAGUGAAAGUUGAGAAUGUUUUUUUUAGCUAUCCAACAAGAAAAGAUGUCCCCAUUUUGCAAGGUAUUUCGCUGACGUGUCGUCCCGGUGAAACGGUGGCUUUGGUUGGCUCUUCGGGUUGUGGAAAAUCGACGAUCGUUCAACUUUUAUUGCGAUACUACAAUCUCGAUAGUGGAAGGAUUACAAUUGACGGUGUCCCGUUGGAAGAUCUGAAUGUCGAGUUUACUCGAAGAGUCAUUGGUGUGGUCAGUCAGGAGCCGGUUCUCUUCAACACGACCAUUCUUGAGAAUCUCCGCUACGGAAAUCCCCAUGCCACCGAUGGAGAGAUUCAAGCAGCACUCCGAAAAGCGAACGCCCUCAAUUUCAUUGAAUCCUUCCCACAAGGUCUGAACACUCUUGUCGGUGAUCGAGGCGCUCAAAUGUCUGGAGGACAAAAGCAGAGAAUUGCCAUUGCUCGAGCUCUCCUCAGAGAUCCACGAAUUCUUCUUUUAGACGAGGCUACAUCUGCUUUAGAUGCCGAAAGUGAAAGCAUUGUGCAGAAGGCUCUCGAGAAUGCGUCUCUUGGACGAACAACGAUUGUCAUCGCUCAUCGAUUGUCGACGAUCAGAAAUGCCGACAAGAUUAUUGCUCUAAAAGGUGGUCGUGUGGUUGAAGUUGGCACCCAUGAUGAGCUCCUUGCCAGAAAGGGAUUGUACCACGAACUCGUCAACGCCCAGGUGUUCGCCGAUGUUGAGGAUAGUCAAGAGUCAAAGGGUCAAAAGAAAGCUACGAGACAAAUUUCACGACAACUCUCCCGAGGAUCCCAAAAGAAACGCGGCGACUCUUUCCAUUUUGAGAAUGCUGAUGAGCCGAAGAAAGCGAUCAAGGACAAUGAGACAGAAAUGGAGAGAUUGAAGAGAGAAAUGGAAGAAGAAGGGGUGCAAGAACAGAACUUAUUCAAGAUCUUCAAAUACGCCAAGCCUGAUUGGGUGUGGCUGUUGCUGGGAACGAUCGCUUGUAUUAUUCAAGGAGCCGUCUUUCCCGUGUUCUCCCUUGUCUUCACACAAAUUAUGCAGGUAUUUGCCGAGCCAGACCAGGCCAAGUUACGACACAAUGGACACAUGUGGUCGCUGAGUUUCCUCGGUUUGGCCGCCGUCCAGGGAAGUACCAUGCUCAUCCAGUCGACUUUCUAUGGAAUAGCUGCUGAACGAUUGACGAUGAGACUCCGAUCGAAAGUCUUCCGAAAUGUUCUCCGUCAAGAUGGCGCCUAUUUCGAUCACCCAUCCCAUGCUGCCGGCAAGAUCUCCACUCGUUUAGCCACCGAUGCUCCGAAUGUAAAAGCAGCUGUCGACUACCGAUUAGGAUCCGUGUUCAAUGCUGCGGUGGCUUUGUGUGCUGGCACUGCAAUCGCUUUCUACUACACUUGGCAAAUGGCUUUAUUGAUGUUCGCAUUAAUGCCAAUUCUUGGAAUCGGUGAAUCGCUUCGAAUUCGAAUGUUUAUGGAGGGCAAAACAACUGGUGAUGAUGUUAAAGAGGUCGAAGUUUCUGGAAAGAUUGCCAUGGAAGCCGUUGAAAACAUUCGAACCGUUCAAGCGUUGACUUUGGAGAGUCUCUUGUUCGAUAAAUUCUGCGACCAUCUCAACGGACCACAUCAAGCAUCAAAAAGAAAGGCCAUUAUUCAGGGUGUCGCUUUUGCUGUGGCUAACUCGUUGCUCUUUUUCAUGUUCGCUGCCGAAUUCCGUUUUGGCGGAUGGUUGAUCACAGCGGAUCAUGUUGGAAAUCCGAUUGAUGUCAUGAGAUCCAUGAUGGCCAUUCAAUUCUCGUCAACAUCACUUGGGAUGGCUUCAGCUUAUUUCCCUGAGUAUUCAAAGGCAAAGAUUGCCGCCGGAUUGAUCUUUAAGAUGUUGGCCGAGACUCCACAAAUCGACAACUUCAGCCGGGGAGGAAAAGUGACGCCAAUCCAAGGAGCGAUCACUUUCAAUGGAGUCCAUUUUGCUUAUCCACAGCGACAAGAGAUCAAAGUGUUGAACGGUUUGGACUUCAAAGUGCAACCGGGAGAGACGCUGGCUUUGGUCGGCUCAUCGGGAUGUGGAAAGAGUACAGUCGUGUCGCUACUCGAACGAUUCUACGAUCCAGCUGCCGGAGGAGUGCAAGUCGAUGGAGAAGACGUUCGUGAAAUGAAUAUCCAUCAUCUCCGAAAACACAUAGCCCUCGUCUCUCAAGAGCCGAUUCUUUUCGAUCGAUCGAUUAAAGAUAACAUCACAUAUGGAAUGGAAUCGGUAAAAGAUUCGGAAAUCGUGGAAGCUGCUCAGAAAGCCAACAUUCACAAGUUCAUCAGUGAACUCCCAGAUGGUUAUAACACUCGGGUGGGCGACAAGGGAGCACAACUUUCUGGAGGUCAAAAACAGCGAGUGGCCAUCGCGAGAGCUCUCAUCAGAAAUCCGAAAAUUCUCCUUCUCGAUGAGGCGACGAGUGCCCUGGACACGGAAAGUGAAAAGCUAGUACAAGAAGCCUUGGACAAAGCAUCUGAAGGACGAACGUGUAUCGUGAUCGCUCAUCGUUUGUCGACCGUUAUCAACGCCACUUGUAUUCUCGUGUGCAGUGGUGGAAAAGUCGUUGAACAAGGUACUCACGAUGAGUUGAUGGCCAUGCGUGGAGCCUACUACCAGCUCUCAUUAAAACAACAGAAGAAGCAGAAUGUCGGCCAAGACGUCGAAACGGCUGCUUUC